CGUCACCCGGAGCAGGAGACGCGUCACGGAGGAAGAUGGAGGAGUAUGCUCGCGAGCCUUGCCCUUGGAGGAUCGUGGAUGACUGUGGUGGUGCCUUUACCAUGGGUGCCAUGGGUGGUGGAAUAUUUCAGUCUAUUAAAGGCUUUAGGAAUUCACCAGUGGGAAUGAGUCACCGAUUACGUGGAAGUUUGACUGCUGUUAAGACUAGAGCUCCACAGAUAGGAGGAAGCUUUGCUAUAUGGGGUGGUUUGUUUUCAAUGAUAGACUGUGGUUUAGUGAAGGUCAGAGGUAAAGAAGAUCCAUGGAAUUCCAUAACCAGUGGAGCUUUAACAGGAGCCAUAUUAGCUGCAAGAAAUGGCCCAAUGGCAAUGGUGGGAUCUGCUGCUAUGGGAGGAAUACUACUCGCCUUGAUCGAAGGGGCUGGAAUAAUGUUGACCCGAUUUGCUUCAACACAAUUUCCAACAGGUCCACAGUUUGUAGAUGACCCUACUCAGCUACAAACUCCAUCGUUCGGUGAAUACAGACAGUAUCAGUGACAUCCAUUUGAAUUCAUUGUAAUUUUCUGGGUGCUGACAAAGCAGACAUCCUCUGAAGAACUUCCACACAUGGUCACAUGAAACCAAGUUUAAGACUAUUUAUAUUGCAAGGUUAGUAUGGUUAAGAAGGCUUUUGUAGAAAAUCUAACCCUACGGAAUGAUUUUCUGUGGCCUUGUAAUAUAUGUAUAUAUGUUAUAUGCCAGACAUAAGAAAUGUUAUGUAAUUGAGAUUAUUUUUGUGCCUGAGUUUUAUAUGUUCUCUGGUGAAUAUAUUUGUAAACAAUCUAUUGGCAUUAUAUACGUUGUCACUUCAAACCCAGCAAAAUAUAAUGAAACAUCUAAUUUUGUUAAGUAUAUGUUGUACACAUUCGGGCACUUCAUUUAACUCGCAAGACAGAUUGCUAAUUCUUCAUUAAAGAACUCAAGGCAGUUAUGAUAAAACUUUGUUUAUUUACAACUUCCUGUGUCGAACUUAAACACAAUGUGAUAUCUUUCCCCACCCCCUUUCUCUUCCAUUCUUCCCUUCUUAACCCUUCUCUACUCCUCACCUGCCUAUCACUUCCCUCUUGUACCCCCUCUCGUUCUCUUUCUCCUAUGGUCCACUCUAUCAGAUUUCUUCAGCCCUUUACUUUUUCACUUGUUACCUUCCAGCUUCUCACUUCAUUUCCCACCCCCCACCACCACCUUAUUAUGGCUUUUCCCCCUUCUUUUCCAGUCCAAGGAAGGGUCUUGGCCUGAAACAUUGACUGUUUCUU